AACGCGAAUUUCCGAAAAAAAAUCCAACUUCUAAAUAAACACAAAAAAAACUCAUAAAUUAACCACUUUCUUACACUCCAAAAAAAGAAAAAAAAAUCAAGAGAAUUAUCCGAUCUGGUUCGACAUUUACGGAUUAAUUUCAGCCUCUGUCUUGAAGAAGGAGAAUAAGAUUUUAAAGAACUCGUCAUUGUUGAAAAUGCCUCCGAAAAGCAAAAGGCAAAAGACGCAACACUCGGCUAACAGCAAAAAUGAAGAGAUAAAUGGCACCAUUGAUACCGAUAGCGGCACUGAGUGUGUAGCCCCAGUACUAAGCAAAUACUUCCCGGCUCCGAGUACCAGCCCACAAGACAUUCCAGCAAAAUUCCUCGAAAUCGAAGCCAAACAAACUGACAAGCUCCUUAGCCUCGACUACGGGGAAGGGAUAAGCUACGUCUACAACCCUCUGGACUAUGCGAGCGAAAUCCAUGCCGAUUUUGUCUCGAAAUAUUGCCAGGGAACGAAGAAGGUCUUGCUGAUGGGCAUGAACCCGGGCCCUUGGGGAAUGGGGCAGACUGGGGUACCAUUUGGACAUGUAAAAUAUGCAAAGGAGUGGCUAGGAGUGACUGGAGGUGUCAAAAGGCCUGAGAAAGAGCAUCCCAAAAGGCCAAUACAGGGCUUGGAGUGUACAAAAAGUGAGGUGAGUGGAGACCGUCUGUGGUCACUGUUGAAGGAGCUAAGUGGCUCGCCAGACGUACUGUUCAGAAGCGUUUUCCUCCACAACUACUGCCCGCUGUUCUUCUUGAAGGAGUCGGCUAAAAACGUCACUCCACCUGAGCUAAAGGUUAAGGAGAGAGCUGGCCUAGAGGAAGCCUGUGAUGAAGCCUUGAUAGACACAGUAAAACUCCUCCAAGUUGAGCAUGUAAUUGGUGUGGGGAAUUAUGUUGUAGACAAAACACGUAAAGCCUUCAUCAAAGCAGGGAUUACGAACAUUGAGAUUAGCUUGUUGAUGCACCCAAGCCCAGUGAACCCAGCAGCUAAUAAAGGUUGGAGGGAAAUUGCUAUAAAACAAUUAACAGAAAGCAAAGUCAUCAACUAUUUCAAGCCCGAAGCUUGAUUGUCGCGUUCAGAUGAUCG